UGCAUAUUGAAUAAGCGGCAUGCCCAUGCAUGAUGCAAAAUAUUCUAAUAAUCGUCUUCAUUAAAUCAGGACAUGCGAUCAACCGUGACAAAUGGAACUCUACCCGUUUAAAUGCACAAACCGACCAUUGGAAGUGAUGUGAUUGCUCGUGCAAAUGCUACUUGUACAACAAAAGCAUUUUCAUGAACUAUCUUCUAACUAUCUAACGUAGGACAAUGGCUGGUACCACUCUGCCAGAAAGAGUGGCUCAGAUAUAUUACACAUACGGUUUAUUUUGCUCGUCAUAUCCAUUUAUUGCGAUUGCGUUAGCUCUGUCAGUCGUCUUGCUAUGUUGCUACCCAUUACUGAAUGUCCCUUUGCCCGGGAACAUACCAACAAUAGUAAAUUUGCCGUGGAAUGUUGAUGAAACAGAAGGAUUGUCAAAAGCAGAUUGCUCUUCUAAUAGUUGUUUACAAGAUGCUCCGCUACAGUUGGAUAUUUUAUUUAAUGAAACCCAGAGAUUACCUUAUAUUUGGGGAAAGGAUAAACCACUGCUUUAUGUACAACAGAUUAUUAUGAAGAUAGGGGUGUCACCGUGGAACAAUAAUUUAAAGUUAUGGGAUGCAUUUAGAGGUCCAUUACAAGAAGUAUUUCGUUUGCUCGAAACAAUCAGGAACCAUGAAGACCUAGAAACCAACAGUACAUUAUUACAGCACUGCUACCAAAUAGAAGACAUCAAGAGACGGGACAGCAAGGCCAGUAUGGAGCGAGUUUUGCCAGAGUACAGCUGCCUACUUUUGUCGCCUGCUAAUCUAUGGCAACAAAGUCUGCAAACGUUCUCACUGGACGCUAACAUUGUUAACACUGUUUACAAUUACCAGAACCUGCAGAAAGGCAAGGCUUCAAUUGCUGAGAUGGCUUUUGGCAUGCAGAUGCGUGACACGGGCAUAAAGCGAUACCCACUGCGAGCACGUCCGCGUGUACUGCAAUACGCGGUCACUAUCUUUUACCAAAAUCCUGAUCAAAAAUUUAUACAAUCUCUUACAAAAAAACUGAAAGAAAUGUAUCCACUAUAUCAAGACACGUACAAGCGUAUCAACGAAGUCACCCUCAUAUAUUACCCUGGGCAGUUUAAUUACCACGAGCUUGUACCUCUAAUGAUUACCUUUGUUGGACUGUUCCUUUAUGUUUAUUUUUCUGUCCGGAAAAUCGAAUUCAUAAAGUCUAAGUUGGGCUUGGCGGCAUCAGCAGUGGCGACUAUAAUUGCGAGUCUAUUAAUGUCUAUGGGCAUUUGCUUCUACUUUGGCUUCUCGUUGAGCCUUCAGGGCAAAGAAAUUUUUCCCUAUCUCGUUAUCAUCGUCGGCCUCGAGAACGCGCUAGUACUGACGAAAAGCGUUACGACUACCGACUCACGCCUCGAUGUCAAAAUCAGACUCGCACAAGGUUUAAGCAAAGAAGGAUGGUCCAUAACGAAGAAUCUUCUCACCGAAAUAACAAUAUUGACCGUUAGCUUUUUCACAUUCGUCCCGUUCAUUCAAGAGUUCUCUAUAUUCAUGAUUGUGAGCCUUAUAUCAGAUUAUUUUAUUCAAAUGGUCUUUUUCGCCACUAUCCUGGGCAUAGACGUUCAGCGAAUGGAAUAUUUUCAAGAUAAAAGAAAUAGGUUGCAUUUAAAAGAGUACUUCACUGCGAAUAAUGCUUUGAAUUGGCGAUUCAAUAAGAACUACGUAGAAGAAAAGACUUUCUCGCCCCAAAGGAUGACCAAGUCGAAAUCUCACCCGAGACUGAAUGGGCUGGCGCAUAGUAGUCCCACAGACGUUGUAGCGAAAAGAAACGCGAGUAUUAGCAGCCAGGACAAUAGAGUUCCCAAACGGAUACGUCUCGUCAACAUGUGGGCGAGAACGAGAUUCUUUCAACGCGCGUUCAUGCUGUGGAUGCUUGUAUGGAUUUCUAUGAUUGUAUACAAUUCGGGGGUAGUCGAAUACUUUAUCAUGAGUCCAGAGAAAACAGAAGGAAGCCGAGAAUUAAAUAAGAAGAAUUAUCAGAAGAAAGAAGCCAAACAAUCUAUGUUCAUGUUUUUUAAUGAUACCGAUAAAAACACUUUGAAAUUUUCACCCUUGCUGGAUUUAGCCAAUACUGAGAAGACAGUUGAUGCAAACGAUACGAUCAUGUUGAAGCACUCGUCGCUUUCACGGCCCUGGUCCAGGUUGUCCCCGUACCACUGGUCGACGAUACUGUCGCAGUACAACGAGUCUGUAGCGGGACGAUACGCGGUGGUACUGCCACCGGUGUUGGUGAGCCACCGUGUGGGCCCCGAACUGGCGGCGUCCCUGCGGGGCCCCGAUGAAAGGGACCCCCCACCGCUCAGGUGGCAGGCCCUCGCAGCCGCACUAGACCCUAUCGACAUACUGCCCGACUUUGAACUGAUCGAAGGCAAGACUCAGCAGCUUCAGUGGGGGAAGGGCGCCGAGCUUCCUAUUUACCCCACGACGCCUAUGGAAAUAUUGUUGUUGGCUAUUUUAUGUGCCAUAAGUGUAGCAGUCAUUGCCUACAUGAUGGUGGUCCUUUACAGGUGUAUUUGUUCCCGACAUUAUGCGGAGUGGAGGGCGUCGUGGAACGAGGACUCCAUGUACAGGAAAAUUAUUGAAAAGCAGCCGGCCGUACAGCUGGUGAUGGAGGCAGUCCCUACUGUGGUGGCAGGUCAUAGUCAAGAGGUGGAAUGUUUGGUGACAGACGGCGAUAAAAUAGUCAGCUCUUGCUUGCAAGGAAACAUAAAGGUGUGGGACUCACAGAAUGGCGAACUUCUUGCAAACAUCGACCGCCACGCAUUUUUCAAAUUACAAAAGGAUUUAUACGGUAAAGUCUAUGCGAAGAAAAGUAACAACGCUCACAAAUCCUUGGAAGGUAAUCCUAGCUCUCGAGUCACACCGAAAGUCAGUCAAAACCAACAGGCGCAGAAACUACAGAAGGAAUUAAGCAAUCACCUCAGUGGACUGCGGUUCCGUGCUUCCACUCGAGAUUCAGCCUCGCAUCUCCCUCCCGCAGAGACUACCAGAUACGUGUUUGCUAAAAAUUACAGAGACCUCUACUGCAAUGAACAAAGUGAGGAUCUGUGCAACAAUUAUGAAACGAAAGAGAAUGUGGACACGAGCAAUUUAAAUACAACAAACCAAAACUGUGCACAGUGUGAGAAGGACACAGAUAAAAAUAUUUUUUCAAUAAAUUCAAAUAACUCGUCUGCAAGUAGUUUAAAGAAUAAAAAUAAAUUAAAUUAUGAUAGUGAUAAAGUGAGAACUGAAGUGAGUGAAGUGGACGCAGUGACUAAUCCAUGCUGGAGGGGAAAUGCGAUGCAAGAAUCUCCGGUUUGGUGCAUGGACUUUUGCAAUGAUCUCAUCAUAUUGGGCUGUGCUGACGGCCGUGUUGAAUUUUGGGAAGCCACCUCUAGGAAGAUUAUGUGCGUGUGGUGGAGCCCGGAAUGUCGUUCAGGCGAGCGCAACGCAGCUGGCGUGACUCACGUGCGGGCGUUGGCUGGAGCGAGACGGGUCUGUGUUGCCAACCUUGCGGGCUACGUCACCCUACUACAGACCAACGCGUACAACGCGGCUUCGGGCGCACAAGUCGACUGGCAGUUCAGCACCGCUCACAGGAGAACACAUAAACGUACCGGAUCAGCGGGCUCAUUGCAAUAUAUGCAUGGCGUCGAAGAGGACAUGUCACGGCCACGAAUGAGCUUCUCCUAUGAGGGGGAGAUCCUCGCAGACAGUGAAGAAAUAAUAUGCACGCGCAUCGCCCAGUGUAGGCCGCACCAACAGCCGAUCACAGAGAUGCAUUCAGAGGGAGUACGCAUCGUAACCGGAGGACAGGACCACAUUCUUAAGGUGUUUUCGAGUUCGGACCUGAGUCAGCUGUUCAGGCUGCAUGGCCACUGCGGGCCAAUCACCAGCUGCUUUAUCGACCACGCCACCCCCACUAUCGCUGGCAGCGGCUCGCAGGACGGACUCCUCUGUGUCUGGGACCUUCACACGGGCGCAUGCUUAUACAGUAUGCAGGCGCAUGAUGGUGCGGUGACGUCAUUGGCGUACACGGCUUCGUACGUGGUGUCGGCGGGCUCCGACGAGCGGCUCUGUAUAUGGGAUCGUUUCCAAGGACACAUGCUAAACUCUAUACACAUCGGCCUGAACUAUAUGAGUCGUAUGCUGCCCCUUACACAUACUUUGCUGGUAAUGGGCGACCGUAGUGGGCUCAUAGCCUACGAUCUAAGCAGCGGUGAUGUCAUACGACGAGUAUUAUUAGGCGAAGGAGACGGCUGCAUAUUUGUACGUCAAAUACUGCCCCUGAAGGACGCAAUCGUCUGCGACUACGCCAAUCAACUGAGAAUAGUUCGCUUCCCACUCGUCUCCGAUAUGAAAAACGAAUAAAAGAAAACAACUAGAGAAUAUUUUUGUGUACAGCUAAGAUUAUAUUUAUUUAUCCAGCUGAACGAUAGACUUCCAUAGUGUCUUACAGUGUCUUACAAAUAGCAGAUUUUUAUAUACUAUCUUUACACGGUUAUAAUUCUAAUAAACUUCAUUGUUAAGUACUGGUUAACAAUUAGAAUAAUAUCUAUAGCAUACUUGGCAUCGUCACAUCCUAAACUCGCGCGACAUGUCGUGUAAAAGUACUAAUAUGAACUCAAUAGGUGCCUUCACACGUUUCUAUGAUUAGUACGAACAAAACACACAGACAAACGGGUAAAAAUUGUAUUAAUCAUAACUUUAGAGUUCUAUUGGGUUGUCAGUGUUCUCCAAUACUUUUUCUAGUAUGUGUUAUCUACAGAUAUUAUUGUGUUACAGUUUUAAUAUACGUAUAGAUUGUUCCUGAUUUUAGUAAUAUCUCAAAGUACAUAGUAAUUAACUAAGAUUAUGUUUCAGAAUGUUGAUUCAUAAGGUCAAUAUCUCUCUUUAGGCUCGUUCACGCGCGAAUCGACUUUCAGGUAGAA